CCUCUCACUCUCAGCAAUUACAUUUGCAAAUGGCCUCCGCUACUUACGAAGUCCAAGUCACAAUUUCCUCCGCCAAAGAUCUCAAAAACAUCAACUGGCGUCACGGCUCUCUCAAACCCUACGCCGUCGUUUGGCUCGACCCCAGCUCCAAAUGCUCCACUCUCGUCGACCCACAAGGCGACACGUGUCCCCAAUGGAAUCAAACCCUAGUCAUUCCUUUUUAUGCUCCUAUCAAUGACUCUGUCCUUCGUGUUGACAUCGUUCACGCCGAUGCAGCCGAGGAUGUCAAGCCGCUCAUCGGCUCGGCUAAGCUGCCGCUUUAUGAAGUGGUUGAUGAGUUUGGACUCGGAGCUGAGUCGACUCAGAAGAGGCUCGAGUUGAAACGUCCUUCUGGCCGGCCGCAUGGAAAGCUCGAGCUCUCGGUGGUGGUACGUGAGCGUCGUAGUUUUCCGCCGCCGUAUGCGGCUGCGGCUCCACCGGCUUACGGUGGUCCUUAUGCCGCUGCGGCUCCACAGCAGGCUUAUGGUGGACCUUACGUGGCUCCGCCACCUUAUAAUAACUAUGGAUCUUAUAAUGCUCAGGCUCCAAACCCGUAUCCUUAUUCGAGCGGGGCUCCGAGCGGAUAUGGGUACGGAGAAUAUAAUAAUAAUAAUAAUAAUAAUGGGCAAGGGCAGAAAAGUAAAAGUGGGAUGGGAAUGGGGACGGGAUUAGCUGUGGGCGCGGUUGCAGGGGUGUUGGGUGGACUUGCCAUAGCGGAGGGUCUGGAUUACGUGGAAAACGAGAUAGCUGAAGAUGCAGCAGAUAAAGUGGAGGAUGAUCUGGGUUAUGGUGAUGAUGGUGAUUAUUAAGAGGCGUGCUACUUGCUUCAUUUCUUAAUAAGAUGAUGAGAGGCAGUGUUGUUUACAUGCUGUUUUUUUCCCGUUAAUUUGAAUUAAUUAUUGAUAAUCCCUGGCCUUGUGUUCUGAUUUAAGCAUGUAUCUCUCAAAAUAAAAAACAUGUAUUAAAUACCAUAUACUCCCUCCGUCCCUUUGAAUUAUAUACACUUUCUUUUUCGGGAUGUCCCAUUCAAUUCUAUACAUUUCAAAACUUUCCUAAAAUUGUAAACUUUUAUAAUAUAAAAAUCCCA